AUGGGCUGCUUUUGGUCAAAGAAAGCUAAAACGCCUGGCUAUGAGGACCCUGCAGUUCUUGCUGCUGAAACACCCUUUACAGUGAAUGAAGUAGAAGCCUUGUAUGAGCUUUUUAAGAAACUGAGCAGUUCAAUAUUUGAUGAUGGGCUUAUCCACAAGGAAGAAUUUCAGCUUGCACUCUUCAAAAACAAAGAUAAGAGGAAUCUUUUUGCUGACAGGAUUUUUGACGUAUUUGAUGUCAAGCGCAAUGGGGUUAUUGAGUUUGGAGAAUUUGUUCGAUCAUUGGGUGUCUUUCACCCUAAUGCACCUGUAGAAGACAAAACUGCAUUUGCAUUUAGACUCUAUGAUCUAAGACAAACAGGGUUCAUUGAGCGAGAGGAGUUGAAGGAGAUGGUGCUGGCACUUUUGCAUGAAUCAGAACUUGUACUCUCGGAUGAUGUGAUCGAAGUGAUUGUGGAUAAGACAUAUAGUGAAGCAGAUAAGAAAGGGGAUGGACGUAUUGAUCAAGAAGAGUGGAGGGAAUUUGUGUUGAAGCAUCCAUCUUUGAUAAAGAAUAUGACUCUACCAUAUUUAAAGGAUAUAACAUUAGCUUUUCCUAGCUUUGUGAUGAGCUCUGAAGUUGAAGAUUCAGAAAUAUGA